CCAUUAGGAAGCCUGUUCACAGUAUGUAUCUCGCAGACAGCAGCCGCACGGUGACGCCCCGCAGCGAUAUCGCACAGUGUGUCAGUGUGCAGCCUAGGAGCUCAGGGCUGGCGAGGCCCCGCCCCGUGUCAUGAUAAGGAAACCCGGACAGACCCUCCCUCGGCUUCAUCUGCUGUGAGUGCUGCUGCCUGGGAGCAGGAGGGAGCGGCGGCGAGCUACAGGGAAUGAAAUGGUGAAAUAAACAAGCUGCUUCAAGAUGAAUAAAGCAAAAGCGGUAACGGAAAAAUGCCUUCCAAACAAUUCCCGUAUUGCAAGCCUACUGUCACAGCUAGAAAAGAUCAACACAGAAUCUCCAACUGGGGAUCCUGACACCCCAAGAUACAUCACGUCAAAGAUACUUCAUUUGGCUCAAACACAAGAAAAAACUAGGAAGGAGAUGACUGCCAAAGGGUCCACUGGUAUGGAAGUGAUUUUAUUCACUCUAGAGAACACAAGGGAUCUUCAAACAACAUUAAAUGUUUUAAAUAUUCUCAAUGAACUGGUGUCCACUGGUGGGGGCAGAAGAAUAAGUGUCCUCAUAUCAAGAGGGGGGACUCCAAUCUUGCUCCAGUUGCUUUUACGUGCCAGCAAGGAUUCACCCCAAAAUGAAGAGUUAAUGGUGAUUAUGCAUAGUUUGCUUGCAAAAGUUGGACCAAAAGAUAAGAAGUUUGGAGUUAAAGCGCGAAUUAAUGGGGCGUUAACAAUAUCUCUUAAUCUGGUGAAACAGAAUUUGCAAAAUCCAAAGCUACUUCUCCCAUGCCUUCAAGUUUUACGUGUGUACUGUAUUAACUCUGUAAAUGCUGUAUCUUUGGGGAAAAGUGGAGCCGUGGAAAUUCUGUUCAAGAUAACUGGGCCAUUCAGUAAAAAAUACACAGGCCUUAUGAAGGUUGCUUUAGAUACAUUAUCUGCUUUGUUGAAAUCAAAAACAAAUUCCAGAAAAGCUGUAGACCGGGGAUACGUUGAGGGACUUCUAACCAUCUAUAUGGACUGGCAUCGCCAUGACACUCGACAUAGGCACAUGUUGAUUCGGAAAGGAAUCUUGCAAUGUCUUAAAAGUAUUACAAACAUCAAGCUAGGAAGAAAAGCAUUCAUUGAUGCCAAUGGUAUGAAAAUACUGUAUAACACUUCUCAGGACUGCCAGGCUGUGAGAACGCUGGACCCACUUGUUAACACGUCAAGUUUAAUUAUGAGAAAAUGCUUUCCCAAAAACCGCCUUCCACUUCCAACUAUCAAAAGUUCUUUUCAUUUCUCACUCCCAGUGAUUCCUACAAGUGGGCCUGUGGCUCAGAUGAUUAAUAUGCCUCCAGAAGUAGACGAUGUUGUUGAUGAGAGUGAUGACAAUGAUGAUACAGAAGCUGAAGUGGAUGCUGAAAUUGAAGAUGAUCUUGACCAAGGCUUUAAGAAUGACGAUAUUGAAACCGAUGUAAACAAACUCAAACCAAGACAAGAGUUGGGACGAUCAUUAGAGGAUUUGAAAAUGUAUGAGCGCUUCUUCCCUGAACUCUGUGAUGAUUUUCAAGAGUUUGACUUGGUCUCCAAUGAACCAAAGCCUGGAGCCCACCUGGGAGGUCCUAUUAUUGUCCCAACUGCAGGAGAGGAGCAGCCUGAUAGACCAAGAAGUAUCAUGACUAGGAAAGGCAGUAACAUAGUGGAUGAAUGUAACAAAAGACCAAUGUUUCGAGAUAUGCCAAAGAAUGGCAGCUCAGUGCAGUACACAGAGUGUGGACCAGACCGAUCCUCAUGCUACUAUUUGAAUGAUGAUGUAGUGCGAGAUCUUGACAGACUGUCACUACAAAAGACCUCAUCAAACAGCUGCAAAAAUGGAUGUAUAUCAGCCAAAGACAAAUCUAGUCUUUUAUCUCAUUCGUGCAGUAGGUACACACAAAAUUCUUCAUCCUGUGGCAACAGCCUGUUUGAGAAACGUUCUGUGCACCUAGGUCCUUUGUGCUGCUCUGGAACUGUGCCUGAGGAUGACGAAGAUUCUAGUCCAUUAAAUGGGCAAACACUCACAGAAACUGGUACUUUUCUGCCUCUUCAUGACCCUGAUCUUUAUGUUGAAAUUGUAAAAAAUACCAAGUCAGUCCCAGAAUACUCUGAUGUGGCAUACCCAGACUACUUUGGACAUGUGCCUCCACUAUUCAAAGAGCCUAUUUUAGAGAGGCCAUAUGGUGUACAAAGGACAAAAAUAUCUCAAGAUAUCGAACGGAUGAUUCAUCCCAAUGAUAUAAUCGACAGGGUUGUAUAUGACCUUGAUAAUCCUAACUGCCCAGAUCCAGAUGAAAGUGACGUCCUAAAGUUCAACUCAAAAUUCGAAUCUGGAAACCUGAGGAAGGUCAUUCAGAUAAGAAAAAAUGAGUAUGAUCUUAUCUUGAACUCGGAUAUUAACAGUAAUCACUAUCACCAGUGGUUUUAUUUUGAAGUCAGUGGAAUGAAAACAGGCGUAGCUUAUCGAUUCAACAUCAUUAAUUGUGAGAAGUCCAACAGUCAAUUUAAUUACGGUAUGCAACCAUUAAUGUACUCUGUACAGGAUGCUCUGGCGUCACGGCCUUGGUGGAUGCGUGUUGGAACAGAUAUAUGUUACUACAAAAAUCAUUUCUCCAGAAGUUCAGUGGCUACUGGAGGUCAGAAGGGAAAAUCCUAUUACACUUUGACAUUUACAAUACUAUUCCCUCACAGAGAUGAUGUCUGCUAUUUUGCUUAUCAUUAUCCGUACACAUACUCAACAUUAAAGAUGCACAUUGAAAAACUGGAAUCUCUGCACAACCCUCAACAGAUUUAUUAUCGUCAUGAUGUUCUGUGUGAAACAAUAGGUGGAAAUGGAUGCCCGGUGGUCACCAUAACGGCAAUGCCAGAGUCCAAUUAUUAUGAGCAUGUCUAUCAGUUCCGUAACCGGCCAUAUAUUUUUCUCACAUCCCGUGUGCAUCCUGGAGAGACCAAUGCUAGCUGGGUUAUGAAAGGCACUUUGGAGUUUUUAAUGAGUAACAGUCCCUCUGCUCAAUGUUUACGGGAAUCUUACAUUUUUAAAAUUGUUCCCAUGUUAAAUCCUGAUGGUGUGAUCAAUGGCAAUCACCGCUGUUCUUUAAGCGGGGAAGAUCUCAACAGACAGUGGCAAAACCCAAAUGUAGACCUGCAUCCUACAAUCUACCACACAAAAGGGCUCUUGCAGUACCUGGCUGCCAUAAGACAUGUACCUUUGGUCUACUGCGAUUACCAUGGCCAUUCUCGUAAGAAAAAUGUGUUCAUGUAUGGCUGCAGCAUUAAGGAAACCGUAUGGCACACAAAUGGGAGCGCUGCCUCGUGUGACAUGAAUGAGGAUAAUGGCUACAGAACUCUUCCUAAAGUCCUAAGUCAGAUCGCCCCAGCAUUUUCCAUGAGCAGCUGUAGUUUUGUUGUGGAAAAGUCUAAAGAAUCCACUGCCCGUGUUGUUGUCUGGAGAGAGCUGGGAGUUCAGAGAAGUUACACAAUGGAAAGUACGCUAUGUGGGUGUGAUCAGGGAAAAUACAAGAGUUUACAAAUCGGCACAAAAGAGCUUGAAGAGAUGGGCGCCAAGUUCUGUGUAGGUUUACUUCGUUUGAAGAGAAUGACCUCUCCUGUUGAAUUCAGUUUGCCUCCAAGCCUCCUUGACAUAGAAAAUGAUCUCAUAGAGUCCAGCUGCAAAGUUGCAAGUCCUACAACCUAUGUUCUGGAGGAUGAUGAACCUCGUUUCCUCGAGGAAGUUGAUUACAGCGCAGAGAGCAAUGAUGAUGUUGAUCCUGAUCUGCCUGAUCACCUUGUUGACUUUGAGCCAUCUGUGGUGGAAGAAGAUGGAUAUUCCAACUCAGAACUCAUGCGGACAACCUUGUGUGGGCAAUCAACAUAAUAAACAGUAUUAGCGAAUAGGAUUAUCUUCUUGUCCUUUUUUAAGAAGAUAUAGCUGGAUAAAAUUGAAGAGAAACCGUAAAUGUAUUGAUGGCAUAUGAUAGCUUUCUGGAUGAUUUCUUUUUGUGAGGGGGUGGUGCAAUCAUAUUACUACUGUAUAUUUUAAUGUGGUGUGGAUAUGAUUUUGUUUUGCAUGGCUUUUUGUCAGAUACCGUUUGAACUUGAUUCUUCAAUCUUUGUAGUUGAGCAACUGGCUGAAAUCUGAAUAAAAAGCCAUAUCCUGA